AUGUCGGAGCGCAAAGUCCUUCAGAAAUACUACCCUCCGGAUUUCGAUCCACGGGUAUUCACCCGGCGCCACGGGCGAAAACCUGAAAAUAGCGGUCCUCGCAUCCAAACGGUGCGGCUCAUGGCGCCGUUCAGCAUGAAGUGCAUGACAUGCGGAGAGUUCAUAUAUAGAGGGCGAAAAUUCAACUCGCGGAAGGAGACGAACGUUGAGCAAAGAUAUCUGAACAUCCAGAUCUUUCAGUUCCACAUCAAAUGCACCAGAUGCAGUGCAGAAAUCAUAUUCCGAACGGAUCCCAAAAACAAUGACUACGCAAUGGUGAGGGGCGCCGUGCGCAACAUGGAGCCCUGGAGGAACAGGGUCAUGGAGGAAGAAACGAUAGACGAGAGACUGGAUCGAUUGGAGCUGGAAGAGGCCGAAGCCGCUGGGGAAGAGGAAAAGAAUGCCAUGGCGGAUCUCGAGGCCAAGAAUGCUGAUGCCAGGAGGGAAAUGGCUGCGGCAGACAUGUUGGAUGAGAUUCGCCAACGUAAUGCAAGGAUACACCGGUCGGAGAAGGAGGGGACGGACUAUGCCGACACUAUUGUGCGAGCUGAGGAUGAGGAGCGAGCAGGGCAGGAAAAGGAGGACGAGGAGGCGGCAAAGAAGGCUUUCGAAGAUGCCCGGUUGCGGAUCGAGGCCCUGAGCUGUGGACUGGACGAUAGCUCCGGCAGCGAGGAAAUGCUACAGCAACCACAGAGUGUCUAUGACUCUCCGCCGGUAGCCUUGGUCCCGCCGCCUUCCUUUAAACGGGUGGUGAAGAAGAAGAAGGACCAUUCAGCGCUGUUGGGAAUCAAGAAGAAACCCACACUGGUCUGA